CGCUACAUUCGCCGACUGCCUUUGACUCGCCUGGGUCCACGUACUAAUCAUGCAUUCUUACUCAAGGAUUACGACCCGUAUGGCACGCCUGGGGACAGAUGCAGGAGAUGGGCAGCCGAGGUGGUGCAGUGCCUGUAUCCUCGGCCCUUUGGAGAUGGAUGCGCUACAAUCGAGCAUGACGCGUCGAGAUAAGACGGAAAUACUACGACACUAGGUCGCGCCGUUACCCGAUAGCUCAACCGCUUCACGACGUCAGCUACCGUUCCCGAUAGCCGUGCAUACGCAUUUUUCUUCCCUCGAGCGCACAUGCACCUGCGCACCAUCGUCCAAUUGAGAUACUGUGCAGGAAACAAAGAGCUGCAAGCAUGCAGGAGGAAGACUAUGAGAUCCUUCGCAGCGAAGCGAACGCGAGCCCCGAGAGAUACGCAGAAUGGGACAGGCAGCGCCAAUUCCGCGAACAAUAUGCCGAGCGACACAAGAACGAACCGACCUACGAGGAGCGUAUAAAGCAGGAGAAACUUGAAGGCGAGGGGCGCUCAAGGGGCGAGCCAGGGCAAAAUGCACCGCAGCCAGCCGCUGUACCGCUACCUACCAACCAGGAGGAAGAGGUCGUACCGCUGUCGCGUCAUGGCAGCGUCUCGUCAGCCUCUACGUCGUCUUCGGCGAGUUCGCACAGUGCUCGACUUGAGGAAAUCCGCACAGUCCGCUCUACACCCCGAGAUCGCCGGUCUACUGUUGGGUCACGGACAUCGGACGGGAACAUUUUACAACUCCAUCCUACUGAGCGCAACCCAGAGGCACUACGUCGUAUCGAAACCCACCGAAGUCAACACAAAACUACAGUCGGCGCCCCUGAAGUUGAGUCUCGUCUCACGAGAACCCUCACACGUCGCAAGACUGAGAGACCGCUCCCUAGUCUGGGCGCUGGCAAGCCGUUCCCACCGCCUCUGCCAGAACGUGAGGAGUAUGUCGUCGAGUUUGAAGGCGCGGAUGACCCGCUACACCCGCAGAAUUGGACCAUGAACAAGAAGCUGGGCAUAGGAGCGAUACUGGCGUUUGAUGCUCUGUCUGCCACCAUGGGUAGCAGCAUCUUCUCGAGCGCGACCAGAGUCGUAUCUCACCAGUUUGGAGUUGCACCUGUAGUUGGCACAUUGGGAACGAGUUUGUUCGUCUUUGGAUACGCGUUUGGGCCUUUAAUGUGGGCCCCCUUCUCCGAGCUCUACGGUCGCAAACCACCCCUCAUCAUCGCCGCCUUUGGUUUCGCCAUAUUCAGUAUCGCUGUCGCUGUGGCCAAGGACCUCCAAACGAUCCUCAUCUGCCGCUUCUUCGCAGGCCUCUUCGGCUCCUCACCGCUUGCCAUUGUCGCCGCAGUCUUUGCAGACAUGUUUAAUAACAGAUUGCGCGGCCUUGCUGUCGCUGUCUUCUCAGUAACCGUCUUCAUGGGACCACUAUUAGCUCCUUUUAUUGGUGGUUUCAUAACCGAUAGCUACUUGGGCUGGCGAUGGACCGAGUACAUCAGCGGUAUUAUGGGAUUCAUAGCUUUCGGCCUGCUCAUGCUGUUUAUGGAGGAGUCGUAUCCGCCGGUUGUGCUGAUCAACAAGGCGAGUGAGUUGAGGAGACGCACAAAAAAUUGGGGAAUACACGCCAAGCAGGAGGAAAUCGAAGUCGAUUUCAAAGAGUUGAUUGUAAGGAAUGUGAGCCGUCCAAUGAGGAUUCUCUUCACCGAGCCAAUUGUGCUGCUCAUUACGAUUUAUAUGAGCUUUAUUUAUGGUCUUCUGUAUCUCUUCCUAACAGCAUACGCGCUCGUAUUCCAGGGCGUAUAUGGCUGGAGCGGCGGUGUCGCUGGUCUCGCCUAUUUUGGCAUGGUUGGUGGCGAAAUGAUCGCUUUUGUUGUUGUCGUACUCGACAACCCGCGAUAUGCCAGGAAAUUGGCAGCGAACAACAAUAUUCCGGUUCCUGAGUGGCGGCUGCCAAUCAGUAUGGUUGGUGGCGUGCUGUUUGCUACCGGUCUUUUUUGGUUUGGCUGGACGGGCUACACGGGCAACAUCCACUGGAUCGUUCCCGUUCUCUCUGGUGUCUUCACUGGCUUCGGCAUAUUUUCCAUUUUCCUCUCGCUCCUCAACUACAUUGUCGACGCAUACCUCAUGUUCGCCGCCUCUGCAAUUGCCGCCAACACUUUCAUGCGAUCCAUCUUCGGAGGCGUGUUCCCUCUGUUUGCCACAUUUAUGUUUAACGGGAUGGGGAUUGAGUGGGCUUCUACCCUAUUGGGAUGCGUAGCUGUCGUGCUGGUGCCGAUGCCGGUUGUGUUUUACGUCUUUGGCAAAAGGAUUCGCGGCAAGUCCAAGUUUGCACCUGCGCCGGACAUUGCUCAAGAUAAGAGAAGGGAUGAGGAGGCGAGACUGGGUGGCGAUAAUGUGGCAGGAGAUGUGGGUAGUGGUGAAAGCACUGAUGGUGCACUGCAAAAGGAGAAGACCAAAGACCAGUAGAGGACUGGGCAGUCAAGUAGAAUUCUAUAUAUUUAAUCACGAGCUGUUCAACUACC